CACCUCCUUCGUCAUGCUGAUGAAACUAGCUUGCGUGCUGCUCUUGGUGGCGUACGCCUAUGGAUGUGGCACUCCCACCUACGAACCCAAUACCAGCAGGGUGGUGAAUGGAGAGGAUGCUCGUGCCCACAGCUGGCCUUGGCAGAUCUCCCUGCAGUUCAAGCAUGGCAGCCGCUACCACCACACAUGUGGGGGCACUCUAAUCGCCCCUCGCUGGAUCCUGACGGCCGGCCACUGCAUCUUCCCUGGGGAUGUGUACCGUGUGGUGCUGGGGGAGCAUGACCUGAGUGUGCAGGAGGGCACGGAGCAGAUCAGAGACGUGCUGCGCAUUGUUAGCCACCCCAACUGGAACAUCGACUGUGUGGCCUGUGGUAAUGACAUGGCCCUGCUGAAGCUGGACAAGGCCCCCAUCAUGAAUGAGAACGUCCAGCCAGCCUGUCUUCCAGAGGCUGGGGAGAUCCCUGCCCAUGACGAGCAAUGUUACAUCUCUGGCUGGGGCAACCUCUACACACACGGACCCAUGCCUGAUAAGCUGCAGCAGGCCCUGUUGCCAGUAGUUGAACACAGUGUCUGCAGCCGCAGUGACUGGUGGGGCAAUUACGUGAAGCCCACUAUGGUCUGUGCCGGCGGAGACGUCCAGUCUGGCUGCAAUGGGGAUUCUGGCGGUCCUCUGAACUGCAAGGGGAAGGAUGGGAAGUGGUACAUCCAGGGAGUGACCAGCUUUGUGUCCUCCCGCACCUGCAACGAGGUGAAAAAGCCAACAGUGUUCACCCGCACGUCCGCCUUCACUGACUGGCUCAGCGAUGUCAUGCUGAAUUAUUAAGCAUCGAUGGGAGAUUGCCCCAGCAGCUCACAAGACAACAAAGUGGCAGAAGUGCAAUAAAACAGUACUGACCAAGUCAAAUAUGAGUUUGAUUCAUAACUUUUCUAAAUCAGUUUAAUCACACAAAAGUGGAAAAUGAAGCUGCGGCACAUAUGUUUUAGGCUCGGUUUUAUUAUUUGGCCAAAAGUUAGUGGAGCUUUUUAGUUUGAUCAAAAUGAGAAGUCAGGACUUUUAUGAGUCUUUAGUAUGUUGGCUGACAUUGAUCUGGCCAGCCAGUCAAACUUAUGAAAAAGAAUUAAAAAGCCUUUCUGUGCUCCGCAACUGCACAGAGUAGCAGUCAUGGGAAAGCUUAUAUUAACUUGAUGUCUUAGUCAAUUUGAACUGCAGUGACAAAACAACCUUUGGAGGGCUUUUCAAACGUCCUUGUGUGUGGGACCAGGAGACCAUAUUUGACAGAACUCUGGCAUGCUAGGGUUCACCGCGUCCCUGUUGUACAGUCAGUACUAUUUGAAAAACACUGAUGUUUUUUCCCAAUUUCUAAUCUUUCAAUCAACAUGAUGCAAAUGGACUGUUUGUUUGCCAACCUGGUUGAGAUUUCAGUCAGUGAACUUCUGAUUAUAGAUAUUGCACUCCUUACCAUGUACACUCUCCCAAAACUGUGAAAUUUGAUACUGUAAUUUUAGAAGGAAGUGGAUAUUAUUUUCAUUACAAAUAUAAGUAGAUCGUUCCUUGAAAAUGACAGGAUAACAUUAAAUAAUUAUGGUAAUAAUUUGUGGAUUUCAUGUGAUGAGCUCAUAGCUACAUGUUGACUUCAUACCAACAAGGCUGAGAAAAACAUUAGGAGCCAUAUUUCAAAGAGAUAAGGCCUUUGAUGACACUCAACUUAAUCACAAUGUUAUCUUUGUAAAUAUUCGGGCAAAGUUCAUGGGAUUCCAGUAGCCUCUCUAACUUCUACUGUUUAACUCUGACAAUGGAAAAAGAAGUAGGUUACAUUUUAACAGAUCAUCAACACAUUAUCAUAGAAAAUGUUACAUAAUAAAUUCAAAUCUGGAUAAAUCAUAUAAUUUUCUCAUAGUUUGGACAAAAUAUCCGUAUGUAAAUCAGCCCCGUAAUUGGAAUAGUGACAAUAAUGACAGGAUUACUCUUUACUUAAUGUUGUCCUAAAGGCUGGAUUCACCCCUUUUGUUUUCAGCUGUUUUCAAUAUUCAUAUAUAUAUAUGUACAUUUAUUUAUAAACUCAAA